AUGAAAUCAAUUAUUUCAUCAAAAACGAUCACACCUGAUUUUUCUGAUAUGGAAAGAAAUAAUAUAUAUGCUGAAACACCACCAAAAAUCAAAUCAACAACACUUAAAAAUGAAACAAAUCAUUAUACGACAAUACGUCAACCACGGCGACCACCUGUACCUGUUCGUACUGAUUCAAUACGCAGUAUUGGUAGUACAACAACUUCAUCAUUUUCAUCACAAUCAACAACACCAUCAAAUUCAUUUCGUCAUGAUUCAACAACAAUUAUGAGUCGAUCAGCUGAUGCAACAUCAUCAUGUGAAUUAAUAACACCAAUAAAAAAUGAAAUAAAUCAUAUGAAAUCAAAAUCAACUCAUGACAUUGAAACAUCAAUUUUAAAUAAUCAUAAUAAAUGUUUAAAUAUGAUUGCAAAUGGAAAUUUCGUGCCAUUACAAUCAGUUAAAGAAGAUGAAUGUCUUGAAAUAGAUGAUAAUAAUAAUGAAAAAUAUUCUAAGAAUGAUACUGGACAGCAACAUAUGCUUAGUGAUAUACUGAAAAAAAAAUUUUCAUCCGCAACAGCUUCGACACCAAUGAUGUCAAGAAAUAAUUUGUUACAUCAACGUUCAUCAUCAACUGAUCCAACUGAGGAUGAAUCGUCAGCAGGAUAUAUCAAUGGUUUCAAUCGUAAUCAUCGUAUUCGUUCAAGUCUUCCAUUUAUAGUUAAACCUGCCGUAAAUAAAUCAAAAUCAAAUUCACUUGGUCUUUGUUUUUUAAUUUGUGGUAAUGAAACAAAAAAAAUUCUUUUACCAGCUUAUAUUUCAUGUUUGGAUACACUUAAAGCAUUAUUUGUUCGAGCAUUUCCACAACAUUUGACAAUGAAACAAAUGGAUAGUGAUGAUAUUCGUAUUUAUAUACGUGAAUCAGACAAAGAUAUUUUUUAUCAAUUAGAAGAUAUGAGUGAUGUUAAAGAUCGUUCUAUACUAAAAAUUGUUCAAUUAAAUAAUAAUAUUAAUAAUAAACCACAUGUUUCUUUUAAAGAACCUGAAAUUGAUGAAUUGUCAGGUCCAAUUAUUAAAAAUGAAAUGAAUUAUCAGCGUUUAAAUCGUUUUGGUCUUACGUCAUCUAUUAAUGGUUCUAUGGAAAAUAAAUCGAAUGAUAAUUCAUUGUGUUCUCUUAAUGAUUCAACAAAUGGAUCUAUUGGUCACACUCAACCAGCAUCUAUACUAAAAGGUAUACUAUCAUCACCAAGAAGUACUCCAACAACACCUCGAAAUGAUGAGGAAGCUGCUCGUACUAAAAUUGCAUUAAUGGAAAAACAACUUGAAUCAUUAACUGAACUAGUUAAAGAAUUAACAAGCUCAACAAAACCAAAAACUUUAUUAGACUUUUAUAAUAAAUCUUUACAUCAACAAUUACAUGAAUUAAAACUUAAGACUCAUACAUUACGUAAUGAUUUAUUUUCAAUACGACGUAUGCAACAAUCAAUACAAGAAAAUUUUAAAAACGAACUUGAACAAGCAAGCAAAAAAAUUCAAGAACAAUUCGUACGAUUAAAUCGAAAUGAAAAAAUUCAUCAAAUUGAAAAUGAAUUUGAUUCCUAUGUUAAUAAUCGUACUAAAAUUGAUCGAGAUCUUGAAGAUUUAGAAUUAACCGUUGAACAAUUUCAAAAUGAUGUCAAAUUUAAACAAUGUUAUGCAACAAUAAAUGAUGUCGAAAGUUUUGCAUUAGUACUUAGUACAAUAAGUCGUGCAUUAGUUGAUUUAAAAACUACUUUUCCUCUAUUACGUGAAAAACUUUCUUCGUUUAAUCAACAAUUAAUAACAAAAUUUUUACAUGACGAACCAGAACGUCUUGAUUAUACAAUAAAAAAAUGUAAACGUUUAACAACAAUGCUUUAUCAAUUGAAACAAUUAGCAAGUAGUCAAGAACAUAAAUCAUCAAGAAAAUUUUCAUUGAAUAUAAAUGAAAAAUUAGUUGAUCGAAAACGUUUAUUAGAAGAAAUUCAAUCGGUUACAUUAAAUUCUGAAGGAAGAAUUAAAGCUAUUGAAAAAGCAGAAAAAUUACGAGAACGUCGUUUACAUUAUGAAAAUCAAUUAGAAAAUCUUAAACAAAUGAAAUCCACUUGUGAUCAAAUUAAUGGAUAUUUCGAUAAUAGAAGUUUAGCAAAUUCUUUAAGUACUCGAACAAGUAUAUGUUCAACUGAUUCAAAUAAUUGUUCAUCUGCUUCAUCAUCAUAUGUUCUUCGUCAAACAUUAAGAACUUCACCAAUAACAAAUGAUUCUAAGACUCAUUUACAAUCAUCUAUAAAACCUACAUCAAAAGUAACAUUUUCUCAACAAUUAAUAACCAAUGAUAAAUCUUUAUCAAUAAAUAAAAAGCCUAAACCAAAUCCUCCACCACGUAUUCAAAAUACACCAUCAUCAUCAGUUAUAUCAAAUGCAUCAUCAAGUUCAUCAACAUCAUCAUCAUCGACAAAUGGAAAUUCACGUUUUUGUGGUAUUAUACCAUUAUUGUCAGUAGAUCGUCGUCUUAAUGGACGAUGUUAUUCAUUUUCAUCAUCAAGUACCGAUACAGAUUCAAAUACAUCAAAUUCUCAUAAACCAACAAAACUCAUUAAUAUAAAACCUCAUCAAACAACAUUAAUGCGUGCUUCUGUUACUGAUUUGGAUUACAAUCGUGUGCUUGAAAAACAACCACGAAAACCUAUCGAUCUACCGAAAUUCGACGUGCACGAUAGUUUACAAUUGCGUCCUCUUGUUGGUACACUUUCGAUUCCCGAUCCUGUUCGUUUUUCUCAAUUGGAAAAACAAACUACUGAUUUGUCUAAUGAACCAUCACAUCCUCAAUUAGAUCAGACGCCCAUACAGUCGUUGCAACCAAGAAAUCUAUCUCCAAUUAUUGAUAAUCAAAUAAAACAAGAACAGUCUCCACAAGAAAAGCAAUUAAUUAUCCGAAAUCCUUCAUAUUCUUUUCGACCUCAUUUUCAAAUGUAUAAUCAAACAAUGUAUAAUGAUGCUCAUGUAAUAGCUCGUUCUGUACUUAAUUUCGAUAAUCAUCAACAAUUCAAUAAUUAUCAAUUAUCACCAUUUCGACCUAAUCAUACGAUAAUUGAACAUAAUGGAAAACAAUUUCUGACAGAAUUAAGAGCACGUAUGGAACGACGUUAUGUAGAAAUUUUUGAUCAAUAUGAAGGUCGAAUGAGACUAUUUGAAGUGACAGAUUAUAUACCAACUAGAAUAAUACGAGAAAUAAGGAGUACACCUGCAUCUCAAUCACAAAGAAGAGCUCCUACCAAUCGUUUACUUCCAAAUUCUCCUUCAAGUCAAAAUUCUAGACGUCUAACUAUGCCAAGUGAUCGAACACAAGCAACAAAACGAUCGAAUCUUGUUGAUUUCAUGGAUUUAAAUAACCGUGAAACUCACGCACGUGAAUUUGAUUUAUACCAAAGUGGUGCUAAAUUGCCGAUCAAUAAUAAUAAUAAUGCACCCCCUCCAAUUUCUUCUCAACGACAUGCAACCCGUCCUAAUUCAAGCGGUUCAAGUUCUUCUCAUUCAGAAUAUUCUCAGCCUGAUGUAUCGAGUUCAUUUCCAGCAUCUUCACAAAACGUAUCUAAUCAACAUCCAUCUAGAUCAUAUCGUUCACAAGUACCAUCAUUCCGUUCACAUAGUUCAAGUUCUACUAGUCAUAGUACAAACUCAUCUGAGACGAAUUCUACUACUCCAGAUGAUCAUUCAGACAGUGAAUCCAUUGAUCGAACAUUAUCAUCAUAUAAUAGAAAUAUUCAAGGUAAUCGAAAUAAUGCAAAAGCUUCUUAUGAAACAUCUAGUGGAUAUAAUUCACCAACACAAUUUGAUCCAUUUGCAAAAACAGUUAGUACAGGUGAUCAUCAUUAUGCUAGACGACCUGGUGUUAACAAUUAUUCACAACCGACGAUAAAUAAUCGAAGACUUCAAAAUAGUGCUGUGUCUGAUUAUGCGCCUAUUCCAGCGACUCAUUACCAACCGAAUCGAAGUCAAUAUUCUCAUAGUGGAGAUUCGAAUGCUUAUGAUGGUUAA